GCAGCAGCAGAGCGUGACAGUCGGGAGGAGAAUGGGUGCGAUGAUGGCGACCACUGAACCGACUCUCUGACGCUAAAUGUCAUUCAGAAAAUCAUUGACCACGCUUCGAGAACAGCUUCUGAGAUGGAGAGGCCCGUUUCUCCGGAUCAGGAGCAGCUCUGGCAGUUUCUGAGGAGGCUGAAGGAGGUUUUCGACGUCUGUGACGAGGAUGCCGACGGCUUCAUCCGGGUGGAGCACCUCGUGAAUCUCGGGCUCCAGUUCGGUCAAGGAGACGAGGUGAAGAAGUUGAAAAAGCAUCUGAGUCCUAACGUUCAUGGAAAAAUCAACUUCAAAGAUUUUUGCCAUGCAGUGUUUGCUAUGAAAGGUUGUGAGGAGAUCUUAAAGAUGGCCGUAGUUCCCCUGAGUCUUACUCCUCGCCAACAGUCCGUCACAGACAAUGGUUAUAUCUACCAGAACAGUGAGGCAAAGCUUGGUCCUCCCCGUGUCACGUCUAUGAGGUCUUACCCAGAGUGUGACAUGAACAGCAGCACUGAAAACUCCAACAGCUCCGACUCGCUGGACACACCACAACAAAACAGACACUUAGGUGGAUCAGCAUCGGCUCCCGUCAUCGCUAAGGAGGAGCAGUUUGAGGACUAUGGUGAGGGAGUAGAUGUGGAUUUUACUCCAAGCAGCCCCCGCCCUGAGGAUGAGAGCCGAACAAAUGGUUUCUCAGAUCUCGGUUCCUCGCUUCCCUCCAGCGCGGGACACACUCCUCAAAAGAUCCAGCACCUGUCCAACAGUGACCUGCUGGACAUCUACUGUUCUCAGUGCUGCAAGAAAGUGAAUCUCCUCAAUGACCUGGAGGCUCGACUUAGAAACCUCAAAGCCAACAGCCCAAACAGACAGAUUUCCAGUACAGCAUUUGGACGACAGCUGUUCCAGGCCAAUCACAGUGUGUUUGGGUCCAGUCAGGACAGCAGCACAGAAGACCUGUUCACAGACAGCAUCGACUCCUGUGACCUCGACAUCACAGAAAAAGUCAGUUAUCUGGAGAAAAAGGUAACCGAACUGGAGAGUGACAGUCUGGUCAAUAGUGACGUGAAGUCUAAACUCAAACAAGAGAACACACAACUAGUUCACAGAGUGCACGAGCUGGAGGAGCAGGUGAAGGAUGCUGAGACGAAGGCUGCAGAGAAUCUGCAGGAUGAGACCAGAAGGCAUCGAGAGGCCUACACAAAGCUGGACAGAGACAGGAACACAGAAAUCGACCUGCUUUGUAACCGGAUGCAGCAGUUGGAAGAGGAGAACGGAGAGAUGACGUUAAACGUGUGUAGACUCAAGUCUCAGUCUGAGAAACUGGACCAGGAGAAGCAGAGAAUGACAGAGCAGAUGGAGGACACCAGUCUGAGGCUGAGAGAUGAGAUGGACCUGUACAGAACCAUCAUGGACAAGCUGUGGCAUAACCGCCACUUGUUCCAGAAGGAGAAGGAGUCCAUGCAGGAGCUGAUUGAUGAUCUCCGCAGGGAGGUGGAAUAUCUGCAGUUGUUCAAGUUGGAACUGGAGCAUCCUGGGAAAGGAAAGGGGCUGUCUGAGAUUAAUGCAAAAGCCAGGGAGCUGGAAAUGGAGCAUGAAGUCAAGAGACUGAAACAGGAGAACUUUAAGCUGCGGGACCAGAAUGACGACCUGAACGCUCAGAUUCUCAGUCUGAGUUUGUACGAGGCCAAGAACUUGUUUUCCUGCCACAGCAAAGCUCAGUGCCUCGCUGCUGAGAUCGACAACGCCUCCAGAGACGAGCUGGUGGAUGCUAUGAAAGAGCAGGAGGAGAUCAACCUGCGUCUGAGGCAGUAUAUGGACAAAAUAAUUCUGGCCAUUCUUGACCACAACCCCUCCAUCCUGGAGAUCAAGACCUGA